ACGGGAUGGGCUGGGGGAAAAUGUGAAAUUUCGUGUCACUGCAAGAAACAGGCAUGUGAUAGGUCAGGUCACUGCAAUAACGGUGUCCCUUGUAGCCAAGGGUGGUUCGCCUUGGCAUGCCAAUACAGUAAGUCUUUGACUUGCCGAAGCACUUAAAAUGUAUCUUUGACUCGCCAAUACGCUGAGACUUCAGCUUUGGCUCGCCAGUUUCCUAAGACUUUAGCUUUGGCACGUUAGUUUACUGAAUUCUGCUAUGGCUCAACAGUUCACUACGACUUUAGCUUUCGCUCACGAUUUCACUAAGACUAUACCUUUGGCUCACGAAUUCACUAAUACUUGGGCUCAAUAGUUCAAUUAAGAAAUUGGCUUUGGCUCACCAGGUUACAAGGAAUUAGAUUUCGCUCAAGAGUUUACUAAGAAGACUUUGGCUGUGGUUCAAAAAAAAAAAUCGUGAAACUUUAGCUUUGGCUUUUCAAUACAAUAAGAAUAAUGAAUGGGGAACUUCGUACAUAAAGUUGAACAAAGUUUUUUUUAGACUUUAGAAAAAGACAGAACAAUUGAAAUGAUGUUUCGGUUAAAUGCCUUCUUUGGCAGAUAACAAAAAAAACAACAAAAAAAAACGGAAAAACAAAUAAUUUUGAUAAUGUUAAAUUUGAGUGUCCCACUGUAACCAUGUAGUUUAAUCACUCAGUUCAAAGAGCGCCAAUGCCGUGAUACAACACACUGCUUUGAAUGAAACAAGUCAAAUGUGCAUGUUUGACCAGGUGACCUGCUGCGAUUCCAAAACAUUUCUGAAUGACACUAAUUUAUAAUGUACCGCUGCCAAUGUGACCUGAGUGCAAAUGCCGUGACACGUCAAACAACAAGUUCUGAACAACACCCGCUUCUUUUUUGUAUCCCUGAUCAGGUGAUCUUAGUGCCCUGGCUUUGAUGCAAAAACACUCCUCUGAACGACACUAAUCUAACAUGUGUCCUUCACCAGGCGACCUGGGUGCCGUUGCUUUACAGCUGGACCUUGCUCUGAAGGACAAUGACGACUCGACCUGUAGC